UGUGUGAAGCUCACAUGAUGUAGGCUGUCUUGUUCCCAGAGUAGGACCGAGCCGUACAGCCCACUGCAGCCGCGGUAGGCUACUUCCGUUCCGCAGAGGGCGACAGGCACCAGCCAGCCUAGACUGUGGCGGAGGUCCAGACACAAUAGACUGGGUUCCGGCUCUUCUCCAAUCCUAACCGGUAUGUCGGAUGAGGAUUCCCGUGCCAGCACCAGCUCUUCUUCAUCGCCGCCUUCCUCCAGCCAAACCAGACAGAGGGACACGCUUUGCAAAAAGAAACGGGAGAGCAAAGCCAGCAUGAGCAAGACCUCCAAGCUGCUAUCCACCAGCGCCAAAAGGAUUCAGAAAGAGCUGGCUGAUAUUACACUGGACCCUCCGCCAAACUGCAGUGCUGGCCCAAAAGGAGACAACAUCUAUGAGUGGAGGUCGACCAUCCUGGGACCACCGGGCUCCGUGUACGAGGGAGGCGUCUUCUUCCUGGACAUCGCCUUCACACCCGACUACCCCUUCAAACCCCCCAAGGUAACAUUUCGUACAAGGAUCUAUCACUGCAACAUCAACAGUCAGGGGGUGAUCUGUCUGGACAUCCUGAAGGACAACUGGAGCCCUGCCCUCACCAUCUCCAAGGUGCUGCUGUCCAUCUGCUCCCUGCUCACAGACUGUAACCCAGCUGACCCCCUGGUGGGAAGCAUCGCCACCCAGUACACGACUAACAGAGCGGAACAUGACCGAACAGCCAAACAGUGGACGAAGCGAUACGCCACAUAAACCCACAGAGGACGACAGUGGGAGGAGGAGGAGGAGGAGGAAGAGGGGUGGGGGGCUCUGGGUGGUUUGUGUUGGGGGGUUAUUUCUAUCUCAGAUUUUUAGUACUUUAUUGUCUGGUAUAUUUUUUGCUUCCUGAUUAAGUUAUCUCCACAAAUAUGGUAAUAAAGGAACACAAUGGAAAGGAA